AUGACCGAACCAUCGUCCUUGAAGCCCUUCGAUGACGGAAAGAGGAUGCGUAGGCAAGACGCCCUCAAGGUCGUCAGUGAGGUCGUCAGUGACGAUGUCGAUACCGAAGGUCUGAACCCAUCUUCAGCUCUGGCUGAUAUCAGUGCAAUGCACUCUAAAACUCUGCAAUACUCCAAUUGUCUGAGUAGAGGCCUUACAGGACCGCAUUCAGAUUUCAUGAAUGUCGUUCGAAGUGGCCUGGACUUGUACUUCAGAGCAAUCAGUGACAUGGUCAGAGACGAUGCCCAAGCACGAAAAUCCCUUCAAAUGCACGAGAAGCAUAACCAUACUGGGACAUGGAUGGAUCCCACGAAUGGUGAAAAGACAGUUUUCUGCCAUUUGGGCAGAUUGAACGAGGUUGAUUUCAUCCGCGAGGAAUCAGUUGGCUUUUCUGUGUCGCUAGGCCAUGAAUGUCCUAGAGCCACUGUCGCUCAUUACGAUGAGGAAGAUGGAGAACAAACUUUUUGGAGACGAACGGAUUCAGAUGGCGGUGGUGAUACUUGGCAACAGAGGAAAUUAUCAACCUUCCAUUCCGACCUGGGUCCUGUUUCUAGUACAGAUGCAGAGCAAGGAGGUAACAUCUCGGAGGGGUUCAAUGAGCUUCGAUUAUAA